AAUUAACGCUCAAAAGUGCAUUCUACUUACAACAACAACACCGCCAGCUCCUCCUGUACGCCCACGUCCGCCAAAAUGAUUACACACAACUCAUUGAGUGUCUAUGGUGGCGGCGUUAUGUGUGCCUCCCCCUCCACCGCACCGGGUUUCUUCAAUCACAGACCGCAAUCGGGCGCCGAACUAUCCGCCUUUGAACUGGGCCUGCCGCGAUCCAUGGCCCUGGGCGUACCACCACCCACAGCCUGGCAUGAUCCAAAUUUGGGCGGUCAUCUGCAUGCAUCCGCCGGUCCCGCCGGUUCACUGGCCAGUGCCCAGACAAAUCAGGCCGGUUCAGUGGGUACCGGCGGUGGUACCACACCGUCCAGUGUCACCAGCCAUCAAUCGGUGGGCAUUAAACAAGAUCUAUCCGCCCUUUCGACAAAUCAACAAAACGCAAAUCAACAUCAACAAAAUGCCUCCGCCGCCGCCGCAGCUGCUGCCACCCACCAUACCAUCAAAGAAGAUCUAUCCGCCAUGAAUACGGUUAGCAAUAGUGGUGUCCAUCAUGGAACGGCGUCGGCAAAUCAACACACCAGCCAUGAUAUGAGUUCAUUGAUGAAAUCGUCACAGUCACAGUGUUUGGUUGGUGGUGGUGCCAGCAGUGGUGCUGGUGGUCAUGGAGGUCACAAUCAAGCCGGCAAUGGUGGUAGUACAACACCCAGUUCACAGGCCAAUAGUUCACAUUCGCAAAGCAGUAAUAGCGGUUCACAAAUCGAUCCCAAACAAAAUAUUGAAUGUGUCGUGUGUGGUGAUAAGAGUUCGGGCAAGCAUUAUGGUCAAUUCACAUGUGAAGGUUGCAAAUCAUUUUUCAAACGUUCGGUGCGCCGCAAUUUAACCUACUCCUGUCGGGGGAGCAGAAAUUGUCCCAUCGAUCAGCAUCAUCGGAAUCAAUGCCAAUAUUGCCGCCUCAGAAAGUGCCUCAAAAUGGGAAUGAGACGUGAAGCUGUACAACGCGGACGCGUCCCACCCACACAACCCGGUCUGGCUGGCAUGCACGGCCAAUAUCAGCUGGCCAAUGGCGAUCCGAUGGGCGUGGCUGGCUUCAAUGGCCAUUCGUACCUUAGUUCCUAUAUUUCAUUACUCCUGCGUGCCGAACCCUAUCCCACCUCCCGCUAUGGCCAGUGUAUGCAACCAAAUAACAUCAUGGGCAUUGAUAACAUUUGUGAAUUGGCUGCCCGUCUGCUAUUCUCCGCCGUUGAAUGGGCCAAAAAUAUACCCUUUUUCCCCGAACUACAAGUUACCGAUCAAGUUGCUCUGCUGCGUUUGGUAUGGUCCGAAUUGUUCGUACUCAAUGCCAGCCAAUGUUCAAUGCCACUGCAUGUUGCCCCCCUUCUGGCUGCGGCGGGUUUACAUGCCUCACCCAUGGCUGCGGAUCGUGUUGUUGCAUUUAUGGAUCAUAUCCGCAUCUUCCAGGAACAGGUGGAGAAAUUGAAAGCUUUACAUGUCGAUUCGGCUGAGUAUUCGUGUCUGAAGGCGAUUGUGCUGUUUACCACCGAUGCCUGCGGCUUAUCUGAUGUCAAUCACAUAGAAUCCCUGCAAGAGAAAUCGCAAUGCGCCUUGGAAGAAUAUUGCCGGACGCAAUAUCCAAAUCAACCAACGCGGUUUGGUAAAUUACUUUUAAGGCUGCCAUCAUUGAGAACGGUUUCCUCACAAGUCAUUGAGCAAUUAUUUUUUGUGCGUCUAGUCGGUAAAACACCCAUUGAAACAUUGAUACGCGACAUGCUGUUGUCCGGCAAUAGUUUCUCUUGGCCAUAUUUACCAUCGAUGUGACACACAAUGUGGAGACAAUUGACAACGACAUGAUCAUCCACGGCGGCAGCAGCUGUUGCAGCGGCAGUUGCAACUAGCCAACAGCAACAGCAUCAACAUUAUCAGCAGCAGCAGCAACAACAACAGCAGUAUCAACAACAACAACAGCAGCAGCAA